CUUGUCACCAGUAUAUUCUGACCACAAAAAAGCUGCGCAUAUAUAAAGGCGAAAAGUGCUCCCUCGGAACACAUAUUCUUCCAUUACACUCCAUAUAAAUAAAAUACAUUUUGUGUCUAAAUUCGAAUAACCAUUCAAUUACAAUGUGGAAGGUGAUACUAUUAUGUGCUUUCGUUGGUAUAACGGCCGGCGAGUUUGCCACUUAUGAGAACUAUACGUUGUUUCAUGUUACACCGCAAAUAGACGUUCAAAUAAAGUUUUUGCAAUCCUAUUAUAAAUUUGCCAAACCACAUGCGUACGACCUAUGGAAUGUGCCGAAUAGAGAGCAUGCAUGUGUAAAUAUUAUGGUACAUACGGACUUUGUAGAGGAUUUUAAAAUGAGAAUGACCUAUGUUAACCUGAAUUUCAUAUCCUUGGAAGACUAUGUCCAAACGUUAAUUAAUUUGACAACAAAAAAAGGCCAGUCAAGUUCCUUCGACUUUACCAAUUACCAUACCCUCGAGGAGAUCUACAAAAACCUGGACGACCUGGCUGAGAUGUAUCCUGAGAAUGUAAAGAUCAUAGUGGGCGGUUCAACAUACGAAGGACGACAAAUCAAGGGUGUGAAGAUAUCCUUCAAGCCGAACAACCCCGGCGUGUUCCUCGAAGGUGGCAUUAACGCCAGGGAAUGGAUGGCGCCGGCCGUCGUCAUGUAUAUUAUACAUCAAUUACUGAGUAGCAACGAUACUCAUACCAGAAAUACUGCUGAAAGCUACGACUGGUAUAUCUUUCCCGUGUUCAAUCCGGAUGGAUAUGUGUACACACACACUACAGAUCGAAUGUGGACAAAGACUCGUAAGCCGUACAAUAAUACCAUUGGUAGUAACCCUAACAAGAACUGGGAUUACAAGUGGAACGGUAAUAUAUUUGGUUCCAAAUCCAACAUGUUCGCCGGACCCGAACCAUUCUCUGAAGUUGAAACGAAGAGCAUGUCCGAAUACAUCGAAUCUAUCAAGGACAAAUUCUUCGCGUACUUUUCAUUCCACUCCCACUCGCCUGACUUGACGUAUCCUCCCGACGACUUCACGAAUAACACUAAGCAGUACGAUUCAGAUAUGAAGAGCAUCACCAAGUUUAUAUUUCAUGAAUAUGGAUUCAAGAAUGUCUUCAAAACAAUUGAUUUAGAUCGUGGAAGUUCCAUAACUUAUGUCAAGGGAACAUAUAACAAACCUCUUGUUUUGGCUUAUGGAUUACAAGAUAUAUAUUCUCUCAAUGGCUUCUUACAAUCGCCUAAGCUAAUUGUUAAGCAUAGUAAGAUUGCUCUUUAUGAUCUAGAAAACAUAUUAGAAAACACAAAAUAUUAUUCCUAUGAUAAAUAUUACUAAAAUAAUACUACUUUCUUAUUCGAUAUGUCGCGCAUGUGACAUCUUGGUUCAAAGAUACACAAUAUUGCACUUUGUAUCCAGGAAAAAUAACAAGUUUGUGUUUUCAAUGUCUAGGAGGUAAAAAGCAAAAAAAAAAAUAAAAUAUCAUAUCUCCAAAUAUGUAAUGCCCGUAAUUGAUUAUAUUUUUAUUAGUACUUCUUUGUUACCUACUUACCAAUAAAUCUAUUAGCUCUCGAAAAUGAA